GCUAGCAGUAUAACCAACGGUUCUUUAGGGGCACACGGCCAGCUUUCGUUCUCUGACUUCCCAACAACAGAAAAAAAAAAAGAUAGAAAAAGAAGGAAAAAAAAAAAAAAAAAAAAAAAAAAAAAGCAAGCUUGAGAGCUGCCGGACGCAGAGAUAGAUGGAGGGAAAAAGCAUGAAAAAUUGAAAAGGGCGAGAAAAAGCAACGAAUCGCAAAACCCUAGCUAUUUCCACUUCCGAAAUUAGCUUCCAUGGACUGGAAUCGAACAAACCAUGCCAGAUCCCGAUAUCAGAGGACUCCAAGUUGGCUGCAUAAAGCUCCGGAUCGCUUGAUCUCGCCCCUGCUCAGUUUUGCCCAACAAGCCGCUGCUGGUGGCUACAGCUUCUAGAUUGGACCCAUUGACGGCACUGAUGCUGCCUCCGCCGACUGCUUGCCCUUCAGAUCUGAAUGUUUUAUUAACUGACAAAGCGAGGAAUGGGAAGGCCUCCUCAGAUUCGCGACCUACGAGAGUUGCCAAGACUACCGCUUAGAUUGCUGCUGCUAAGUUAUACGGCACUAGUGGUUUUGGUGCAAGUAACAACUGAGGAUUUGCUGCCCAGACUAGAGUUGGAAACAGUUUUUGUAGCUUCAUCUGGUAUUCCGCUUAGUAGCAAACCUGCUGUGUACUUCAGUAGUAUACCAUCCACCAGAUUUACAUCGGCUGCAGGUCUUCAUCUAGCUCGUAGAGGACUGAAGACAUUGAAAAUUGCGCCUCCACCCAAUAUGGUCUCUGCCACUAUGUAUCUAGGUUCACCAACAACUACCGAUGAAACUUCUUCAAGUUCAUCACACUUAUCAAAACGAGUAAUGCAACGGAGCCAAGAACUUUCUCCAACAUCUGUGGGUGUACCUUCUCCCGUGGGGGACAAAUCUAGCUCAGACACGAAUGUCAGCUCAGUUCCACCUAGUUUAGCAGAGCCUCCAAUUUCUCAUCAUUCCGGAUGCUGUGGGCUGAACAUGGUCCAGAGACGGGGUACAAGAGAUUGUCAUUGUGUUUAUCCUGUAAAAGUGGAGCUGUUCCUUUGGAAUGUUUCUCAGAGAUCAAAUUGGAGCAAUGAAUUUCUGGAAAAACUAGCUUUUCAACUUAAUCUGCAAGUCACCCAAUUUGAGAUCGAUAACUUCUACGUCGUUGGCUUGUCAGGGCUAAAUAUCACGAUGGACAUAGCCCCACAUUCUGGGAUAAGUUUCUCUGCAGCUCAAGUUCAUGCAAUGAAUACUUCACUUGCUUUGCAUGAAGUGUUUAUUGAUCCUGAUGUAAUUGGAGGCUAUAAAGUUCUUAAUUUUACUUGGUUUGAGCCACCAGCUCCUUCCCCUG